UUCUCCACCGGAGGGGAGGAGGCAACAGCCGCAGUGCGCUCCGGGGCUGCUGGAUGCUCCAUGAUGGAUGGGAGAUGACAGAUCGGGGUUAGCCGCCAGGGGAGUCCAUUUUCCUGCAGCGCGCGGUCCUAUACCCGGACAGAAAGCGAAAGAAGAAGGAUAAGGAGAGCAUCAACAGCCCCCCUCUCCCUCCUCUCUGGUGCAUCACAGUCUAGCGGGCUUUACACACCGACUGCACCGCAUUGACGCUGCUGCUGCCGCCGACCCAGCCCAUUGAAGUAGCGCACAGAGAGGAGCACAGCUGGAAAUUAAAUACUGCAGAACGUUUGGUUGGAAAUGCAUCCUUUUCAGUCAUUUACUUUCUUUCUUCUGGAUGCUUGUAUAAUCCAAACAGUUUGAAAGCUGACGGAGAAGACAGUUGCGCGUUUGGGAUAUUUUGCAUCGGGGGGUUGCAGAUGCAGCUCAUGAUGGGGAUGAAAUAAGAUGAGAUCGGUGCAUUAAUACCUGGAUCAUGCAGUUUCUGCAGCCUUGGACGUUAGUUAUCAUUUUGGGUCAUGCACACGUUUUGUUAUCCCUGGAUAAUAAUAAUGCAGAAGUUGGGAGCAAAGACGAAAGCAUCAGCAGCGGUUACUCUGGCAGGACUUUCCACAAUCCUCCCCAGGAGAGCCAUCCAAAUAAAGCCAGAGAGCGCGCGCUCUUCCCGGGAUACGCCACAGGUGCGAGCCUCAACUCCACUCGGCUGUGGAAGAAGGGGGAAACGAGGCGAAGUGGCCACGGUAAACGCAACUUCAAUAGGAGCCUGACACCCGUGGAUGAUCCAGGCGUGGAGUCCCACUGGGACGCGACGCGCCACCAUAAUAAGAGGAUCAAGUUGAAUGGUGGCGCGGGGACGCCGGCAGGUGGACACUACAAUGCGGUUAAGCCUCCUUCAAUGGGUCGGGAGGACGGAGGAGGGGUGGAGGAGGAGGAGGACAAGCACCAGAGAGGCUCUAAGACGGUCAGGAGGUGGAGGAACAAGCAUAACAGAAGCGCAAUAGUUUCAUCACCGUGGGAACCAGUCCCCAAACCGGUGGCGCUCACCUCCACUGACCUCCCAUUUGACCUCUUCACCAGGAGGGCGGAGGUUUUCACCUUCAGGGAGGAGAACCCAUGGGACGCCACUCCGAUCACUCCUCCCGGUUCCCCGGAUUUUGGGGACGAGAUUAAAAACCCCUUCUACCCAGUGACAAGCCAGACUUUCGGGGCUUACGCGAUCACAUGCGUGGCCGGUGUCAUUUUCUUGGUAGGAAUAGCGGGUAACAUCGCCAUCCUAUGCAUAGUGUGCCAGAACUACUAUAUGAAGAGCAUCUCCAACUCCCUCCUGGCCAAUCUGGCUGUGUGGGAUUUUGUGCUCAUCUUCUUCUGCCUUCCUAUGGUGGUUUUCCAUGAGCUCACCAAGUCAUGGCUUUUGGGAGAGUUUACCUGCAAAGUGGUGCCCUACGUGGAGGUUGCCUCGUUGGGCGUUACUACCUUCACCCUGUGUGCACUCUGCAUCGACCGCUUUCGUGCGGCCACCAAUGUCCAGAUGUAUUACGAGAUGAUCGAGAACUGCACGUCUACAACGGCCAAGCUGGCAGUCAUCUGGAUCGGCGCCCUCCUCUUGGCCCUCCCAGAGCUCCUGAUUCGACAGCUCGUGGUGGAGGACACAGGACUCCCGGAUGAGCCCCCAGUUGAGCGCUGCAUUAUCAGGAUAUCCACAUCUCUUCCUGAUAUGCUCUAUGUGCUUGGCCUGACCUAUGAGGGUGCUCGGCUGUGGUGGUGUUUUGGUUGCUACUUUUGCCUCCCGACCCUCUUCACCAUCGGUUGCUCGCUUGUCACGGCACGCAAGAUCCGGCACGCUGAGCAGGCCAGCGUUCGCAGUAAUAAGAAGCAGAUCAGGCUGGAGAGCCAGAUGAACUGCACUGUUGUGGCUCUGGCAAUCGUAUAUGGCGCUUGUGUGGUGCCUGAGAACAUAUGCAACAUAGUGUCUGCAUACAUGGCGGCAGGUGUUCCUGAGCACACCAUGUCCAUCCUGCAUCUUCUCUCUCAGUUGCUGCUGUUUUGUCGGGCCGCUGUGACACCGGCGCUGCUUCUUCUGCUGUGUCGUCCAUUAGGCCGGGCGUUCCUGGACUGCUGCUGUUGCUGCUGCUGUAACCACGUACCCUCCUCGGCCACUGGCAGUGAUGAUAACGAGCACGAGUGCACCACUGAACUGGAGCUGUCGCCGUUCAGCACUAUCCGCAGGGAACUGAGUAACUACACCCCUGCUGGCUCCAACUGCUAAGCUGACAACUCAGAUCAGGGAGGGCAAUUUUACUGGCCUGUUUUUGGCUUGCGUUGCUUUGGUUGGCUAAGAGAGAUUUGCCUUAUCUAGUCUCAUCACGUUUUGUAAGUGAGUGUUGAAAUGAGGUUGGACACCAAAAAUAAAAUUCAUCUUGAGCCAACGGCCAUGCAAUUUUUAACCCAAAACUCUGACCCCAAUUCUCCAAGAACAGCUAACAAAAACAAUUUUUCAAACUCUGUUAUGGGCGCCUUUUAGACAAAAUGACACAUUUUCAGCAUCCAAAAACUUCUACCACCCCCUGAAAAAAUCCUCUAAACAAGAGUUCCCGCCUGUGGGGCAUAUAGGCCUUAGAGCAAAUUUUCUCAUGUCCAGUUCUUGAGAGCCAUCAUCCUCCAACUUGUAGAUGCCUCUCUUCACCAACACAGCAGAAGCUAAAGCUA